AUGCGACCUUCGCUCAUCGCCCGCCAGUGGGCAUACCGUGCCGGUCCCUCGCGCUUUGGCACGUACCCCAUCCUGCUCGCUUCCUCAGCCAUGACAUCCUAUCCCGACCCCUUGCCUGUCCCAGCGCAUAUUCCUCGGCCAGAUUACGUCCCAGCCAACUUUUUCACGGCGCCAUGGGGAGAACACGAUAUUCCCGACAUGGAUCAAGACCAAGCUGUCAAUGGAGAGAAAAUAGAAUUUGAUUCUGAGGGAGAACAGGCUGUACGAAAAGUCUGCAAAGACGCAGCUGGGAUACUGAAAGAGGUUUCAAAGAUUGUCAAACCUGGCGUGACAACUGCCCAGCUUGACGAAGCCAUUCACAAGAUGAUCAUUGAAAGAGGGGCAUAUCCCGCCCCUCUUGGUUAUUCCUUCUUUCCCAGAAGUUGCACGACGUCAGUGAACAAUGUCAUCGUCCACGGCAUUCCCGAUGACCGUCCUCUCCAUCCCCAAGAUAUAAUCAACCUCGACCUUACCUUGUUCAAGGAUGGCUACUAUGGUGACACGUCAGCGACUUUCGUUCUGCCCGACAACGACAAGCCGGGGAGAGAUCUCGUUUCGGCGACAGAAGAAGCAUUGGACAUUGGUAUCAGACUGUGCAAGCCUGGCGUGAGGUACAACGAAAUCGGUAAAGCUAUCGAAGACUUUGCGUCCAGGCAUGGCUUUUCUGUCAACACGCAAGUUUCGGGGCACGGCAUUGGCAAGAGGUUUCAUCAGCCGCCAUGGAUUUCCCAUGGACGAAACACUGAGCCUGGAAAGAUGGAACCUGGGGACUGUUUCACUAUUGAACCUUGUCUAGUGCAAGGCAGCGACUCCAAAGGGGACAUGUGGGAUGAUGGCUGGACUCUUGCUUCAAAUACCGGCGCUAGGACAGCGCAGUUUGAGCACCAGGUGCUAGUGACCCCUGAUGGCUUUGAGAUAUUGACGUAA